UAAUCCGUCACGUGGCGCUAGUUAUAUAGUUUUCCAACAAACACUAUAGAUAUACUGUCAAGAAGAAUAAUAAUAACAAUAAUGGUCAACUUAUUCUGUAUUACAAAAUGGGUAUGCCGUUUUCGACUUAUUGUAAAGACGUCAAACGUUCAUUAGAUUAAUAGUUUAUAGAUCGUAAAUAUAUUAUUGUAAUAUAAUAAUGGAGGCCAGUACGAGUAGCGGUACGCGUACUACACGAUUUAUGAUGGAAGGUGUCGGUGCAAGAGUGAUUCGUGGUCCUGAGUGGAAAUGGGGCAAACAGGACGGUGGAGAAGGACAUGUAGGAACUGUCAGGAACUUUGAGUCGCCAGAAGAAGUCGUUGUCGUGUGGGAUAAUGGCACAGCUGCUAAUUAUAGAUGCUCAGGAGCCUUCGAUUUGAGGAUAUUGGAUUCUGCUACCACUGGUGUUAAACAUGACGGUACCAUGUGCGAUACGUGCAGACAACAGCCUAUUUUUGGUAUCAGAUGGAAGUGCGCUGAGUGUGGGAACUAUGAUUUAUGCUCAAUUUGUUAUCAUGGUGAUAAACAUCAUUUAAGACAUAGGUUUUAUCGUAUCACUACUCCUGGUAGUGAGAGAGUAUUAUUGGAGCCAAGAAGGAAAAGUAAAAAGAUCGCAAUUCGAGGAAUAUUUCCUGGUGCCAGAGUUGUUAGAGGCGUUGAUUGGCAAUGGGAAGAUCAAGAUGGUGGUAAUGGCAGACGAGGUAAAGUCAAUGAAAUACAAGAUUGGUCUGCUGCUAGUCCUAGAUCUGCUGCGUACGUUAUUUGGGAUAAUGGAGCUAAAAAUUUGUACAGAGUUGGCUUUGAGGGAAUGGCUGAUCUUAAAGUAGUAAAUGACGCGAAAGGCCAAACAGUCUAUCGGGACCAUUUACCACUGCUUGGAGAACAGGGUCCUGGACGACCUGGGCCACACGGAUUACAGAUUGGUGAUCAAGUUAAUGUCGAUCUGGAGUUAGAAAUAGUCCAGUCGCUGCAGCAUGGCCAUGGCAGCUGGACCGAUGGAAUGUUCGAGUGCCUUGGUACAACCGGUACUGUUGUAAGCAUCGAUGAAGAUCACGAUAUCGUUGUAUCUUAUCCCAGCGGUAAUCGAUGGACAUUUAAUCCAGCUGUAUUAUCUAAAGUUCAAACCCCAGUAUCUGCUGGUACAAGUACCGCCACUGAAAAUCAAGCAUUUGCUGUUGGUGAUUUAGUGCAAAUUUGUAAUGAUCUGGAAAAAAUUAAACUGCUGCAGCGCGGUCACGGCGAGUGGGCAGAAGCAAUGGCUCCAACUCUUGGAAAAAUUGGGCGGGUUCAGCAAAUUUAUCACGACGGUGAUUUGAAAGUCGAAGUGUGUUGUACAUCAUGGACGUAUAAUCCUCAAGCGGUUGUUAAAGUUGCCAGCAGCGAUAGAAGUAUGCCUGGAAAUAAUAGCGGAGAACGAUUGUCAGCUUUAUUGAAAAAAUUAUUUGAGACUCAUGUGUCGGGUGACGUGAACGAGGAGCUCGUUAAAUCCGCUGCCAAUGGCGACGCUGUGCAGAGUGAAGAAUGCCUGAAACGUUUAGACGCGGAUGUCAAUGGAGUAUUUUCGGGUCACACGGCAUUACAAGCUGCCAGUCACAAUGGUCAUCUAGAUGUUAUUAAAAUACUAUUGCGGUACAAGGCCGAUGUUGAAAUCGAG